AUGACUGUUGUUGAGUCGUUGAAGAGUGCGGUAGGCUUUGGCGAGGGUACCGGUGCCACCGGACAACAGAUGAGCGAUGCCCGUCUGCCGAUUCAAUACAGAGACUCCUGCGCAGGUCUUCUCAUCCCGCUGAACAAGUGCCGAAGAGAGGAGUACUACCUGCCAUGGAAGUGCGAGACUGAGAGACACAGCUACGAAAAGUGCCAAUACGAAGAGUUCAAGAAGCGUGUCGCCAAGAUGGACGAGCUCCGAGCCGCAAAGGACGGUGCCCGCAGCAACUAA